UUAGUAGUAUUUAGCAUUAAGAGUUUUAAUUAAGCCUCAUGUUUAAAUUAAUUCAACCUACAGAUUUUAGUUUAAGAUAAUAAUAAUAAUAAUAAUAUUGAUUACCUAUUUAAUUUUGUGUUUAGUGCUAUUUUGGAAUUUGCUUGGUCCGUACGUAAUUGCAAAUAUAUUUGUUUACUGCUAUCAAGCGGUUGAUGCAGUAACUGGCCAAGAAUUGUUUAAGAUGGAUCUAAAUUUGCCGCAAACUUUUGUCCCCGGAUUUCAUGACAAAAAUGUUGUUAAAAAUAUGUCAUACAACAUCCUGGGAUGUACUGGUUUGAAAGUGAGCAAACUUUCCUUGGGCACGGGCGGAUUUUCCUAUUUCUACGGAGAUUAUUCUGUGGAUCAAUGCAAACAAACGAUCUAUGAAGCCAUCAAAAGCGGGAUCAAUUUAAUUGAUACCGCUCCUUGGUAUGGACAUGGUGAAUCAGAAAAAAUUCUGGGAUUGUGUUUAGAAGGUAUUCCAAGGGAGGCCUAUUAUCUCGCAACGAAAGUCUGCAGAUACGAAAAAGACCCAACGCUAAUGUUCGACUUUUCCGCUGAAAGAACUCGGAAGAGCAUCGACGAAUCUUUACAACGUCUGCGACUAAAUUAUGUCGAUAUUUUGCAGAUACACGACUUGGAGUUUGCGCCAAAUCUAGAUGUCGUCUUGAAUGAAACGUUACCAACUGUACAAGAGAUUAUCGGCUCUGGAAAAGCGCGCCAUCUUGGCAUUACAGGUUAUCCAUUAGGGACAAUUAAAAGCUGUAUCGAACGAAGCAAAGUGAGAAUUGAAACUGUGCUAAGCUAUUGUAGAGGCACAAUGAUCGAUAAUACUUUGGACGAUUUUGUACCCUUUUUCAAGAGCAAAGAAAUCGGUUUAAUAAAUGCUGCUGUCAAUGGGAUGGGGUUAUUAACGAACAGCGGACCACAAAACUGGCACCCUGCAUCGGAAAACAUUAAAAGGCUGUGCGCCAAAGCUGGCGAAUAUUGCAAGAGUCGCAACGUAGAAUUAGGUAAAUUAGCCGUGUACGACAGUCUUAAAAAGAAGGGACCGGAUACCAUAUUAGUCGGCAUGAAUACGCCACAGUUACUAAAUUGGAAUUUGAAUGUCUUACAAAAUGGUAUUACAGAUCACGAAGAAGACGUUUAUAAAGAAGUAAAAUUGAUUAUGAAAGAGCUACCGCUUCAAAGUCACUGGGAAAAUGUUGAAUUGGAGAAAUUUAGGAACAACGCUGGUCUUUCAUACAAAUAAUAGUUAAAAUUAUUAAUUAUUAAUUUAAAAACAAACCCGCUUAAAUAUUUUGUUCAGUUUGGUAAUAAAAUCAAUUAA